AUGUGCGAGAUUUUACUCACCGAGCCGAGCUUCCCCCUUUCCAAAACCGUUGCUGGAAAUUCGAGCUGGCGGACCAACGACUACUUUCACCAAAAGAUACAGUCCUGUACUUUUCCAGAUCCAAACCCUAUAAAAGAACUUGUCACGCAACAUCAUUGGGACAAAAACGAGUUCUACGGCGAGGCAGGAGGUGAAAGGAGAGAGACUUUCAGCCGCUUCCUCACCGACAAGGUCAGAAGAAAGGGUUUUGGUUGGAAAGAAUACGUUGAUUUGCUGCAUGAACGGGAAGUUGACAUGUCAGCAAACACGGAGACGCAGCUGGCAACGGAACUUCAAGCCAAGGGAGGGCCAAACGAUGCUGUGGUGAACGACGCUCGUGCUGUUGCGUUUGCUGUGCUUGAUUCUGCUAAUGAAAAAAAAACUACACUCAACCUGUUAUUUCUACUAAAAAUUCUGACAUUGCCAUGGACGACCUUGCGCAAUGCUCAUGACAAGGCAAGAGACAAACCGUUACAGGAAGAUUUGAUUUAG